AUGUCUUUAUUCUCCAAUCUCACCGGCGACCCAAAUGCCGGUAAGGCCACCAGCAGUGAGGGCAUGUCCUUCAACCAGCUGAUGGCCUCGCUGGCCACCGGCAUGGCCUUCUUCGGCGCCUUCUUCUGGACCUUCUACCUAAUGCGCCAAAAAUACCGUCGCAUCUACGCUCCCACCACCUACCUCGUGCCCGAACGCCAGCGCUUCGACCCUCCGCCCCACGGCUGGUUUACCUGGAUCAAGCCCGUCUUUGAAACCAAGCGCAAGCCUUUUGUCGAAAAAUGCGGUCUCGAUGCCUACUGCUUCGUGCGCCUCCUCUUCAUGGAGAUCAAGAUAUUCUUGCCGCUCAUGGUCGUCGUCCUGCCCGUUAUCAUUCCGCUCAAUAUUGCUGGCGUCGACAACCCGGAGAAUAGCGGCCUCGACGAGUAUGGCUGGGGAAAUCUUGGCCAGACGCACACCAACCGCUACACGGGACAUCUUGUUAUGGCUGUCGUUGUCUUGAUCUGGGUCUGCUACGUCUUCUACACCGAGUUGCUCAACUACAUCCAGGAACGUCAGCGCUGGAUGACCUCGCCUUCUCACCGCAUUCGCGCAUCGGCCACUACCGUGCUCGUCAGCAACAUCCCUGACAAGUGGUGCAAUGUCGACGCCCUUGAUGCCCUGUUUGACGCCUUUCCCGGUGGCAUCCGCAAUAUUUGGAUUAACCGUGACUAUGGAGAUCUCCUGGACAAGAAGAACAAACAGUUGGAAAUUGCCAGGAUUCUGGAAUCGGCUGAGACGGCCUUGAUCCGUAACUGCAAACGCAAAGCCCUGCAGAUGCGCAAGAGGGAAGAGAAGAUGAAAGGCAGAAAGAAAACACAGGCAGAGAGAGAUGCUGAUGACGCCCACGACCAACAAACCGCCGAGGCCAUGGCAAACGAUGCUGGUCUUACCGUCAACAGCCCCAACAUUCCUCAUGAUAUCGACGAGGAGCUUGACCAGGCCAUGGAGACUCAGGAAGACGCCAAAUCCACGAAGUCUGAAAAACGGGGCAGAUUGCCAAUCCCCUUUGGUCAAGGUUUGCAGGCUGUUGGCCGUGGGUUCGGCGCUGUUGGACAUGGAAUCGGCCGCGGAUUCAACGCUGUUGGUCAUGGAAUGGAGAAAUUCGGCCAGGAAACUACCGACGGUGUUGUGAAGGGCUUUGGAAGGGCUAAAUAUGGUCUUGACAAGAGCUUCAGCGCCGCAAACCCGGUUGGAUACGUUCCAGACUUGGAUGGCGAAGAUGAAGGAUCAUCAGACUACCCCACUGGUGCUGGACACCUUGGUCCCUUCAGAGACCACCUCAAGCGUGUCGGAACGGCGCCCGAGAAGAGCAGCGCAGCCAGAAGUCCUCGCCCCAACCGUGACUAUCUCCACAGAGGCUCCGAUGGAAAGCGUGUUUCGGCGAAUGGUUCUCCUUACAUACAAGCGGGCAUGCACUCUUCUCCAGACGUCUCUCGGUCUCGUGUGCGUACUACCAAGACGGAACCGACGAUUCGGGAAGACAAGGAGAAGGAGAAGGAUGAUAGCGAGCUUCACCACAUGAACCCCCUGCGCCUGUUCCGGAGAAAUAGCGCUUUCCCCAGCCCAGAACCUUUCCAGCGCGAAUCUGACGAAUACCCACUGAAUCAGUCUAUCCCUCAACUGGACUCAACCGAAGAGGAACGCCCUACACCUACCGAGGAUGCCAAAGGCGUGGUAACAGAGGAAGAGAAGGAGAAACGACACAGGGACAAAUACGCGAAGAAGCCCCCGAUCAUUGACUGGGAAAAAUACAGAACCGAGCUUGAACGGGAGAAGGCAGAAGGCGAGUGGACCAAGUACCUGAAGCCGAACCAACGUGAGACGAUGAGACUAUCUCUCUUCCCUCGCUGCAACUGGUGGUGGAAAAUCUGGCCAACGUGGUGGUUCUCUCUCGGUGCUAAGGUUGAUGUUAUUGUCUACUGCCGGCUGCAACUGAUCGAGCUGAACAAGGAAAUCGAGGAAGAUGAGAAAAACCUGGAGAAGUUUCCUCUCAUGAACUCGGCCUUCAUUCAGUUCAACCAUCAGGUGGCAGCUCACAUGGCUUGCCAGUCCAUCACGCAUCACAGGCCGAAGAACAUGGGACCUCGCAUCCUCGAAAUCGACCCGAAGGAUGUCAUCUGGGAUAAUCUCUCAACACCCUGGUGGACUGCAUACCUGAAGACGACGCUUGUCAUCGCUAUCGUCAUUGGAAUCGUAAUCCUUUGGGCUUUCCCCAUGGCCUUCGUCGGUUUGUUGUCUCAGCUCGACAGUAUCGCAACUACCGUGAAAUGGCUCCACUGGGUGGCCGAUCUGCCAAAGUGGGUGAAGUCUCUCGCUCAGGGUGCCCUGCCUCCAGCUCUUCAGGCAGUUCUUCUGCUCAUCCUUCCUAUGAUUAUUCGCCUUCUUGUGAAUUUCUCGGGCGUUUUCACAGGCGUCGAAUCCGAGCUGGAGACCCAAGGCUACUGGUUCAUCUUCCUAUUCGUACAAGUCUUCCUUGUCGUUACCCUCAGUUCCGGUAUCACGACCACGAUCGAUCAAAUUCUGAACUCGCCAUUGGAUGUUCCGCAGAUUCUGGCCGAGAACCUACCCAAAGGUGCCAACUACUUCUUCUCGUACCUCUUGCUGCAAGCUCUCUACGGUUCUGCACAACAGCUGGUUCAACUGCCUCAGCUAUUCAUGUGGUUCGUCAUGGGCAAGAUUCUUGAUGACACGGCUCGAGCGAAGUUCAACAGGCAGAAGACACUCCCCAACACCAUGUGGGGUACUCUCUUCCCUGUGCACACGAACUUCUGUUGCAUUGUCAUCAUCUACUCUAUCAUCACCCCGUUCAUGCUUAUCUUCGGAACGUUUGUCGCCGCUCUGUUCUGGGUUGUCUAUCGCUACAACUCGUUCUACGUGCUCCGCUGGAACAUCGACAGCGGCGGCCUUUACUUUCCCCGUGCUGUGAACCAGAUGUUCACGGGCUUGUAUGUCAUGCAACUGUGUCACAUCGGCUUGUUCUUCCUGGUCCGUGACCAGAAGAACAGAGUGGUUUGUGCUCCGCAUGCGAUUGUCAUGAUCGUGACUUUGAUUUUGACGGUCAUCUACCAAUACAUGCUGAACAAGUCAUUGGGGCCGCUUUUCAAGUUCGUCCCCAUUACUAUGGAGGACGAAGCACAGGAACGCCAGGAAGCGUUCGAGGCUGCGUUGGCCAGGAAGUGGGAGGAACUCGAGGCGGAGGAAAACGGCACACACGCAGAGUCCAGCACCACCUCAUUGGGCGGCGAGAAGAACAGCGCCAUCGAACUCCAGGACAUGGAAAAGCAGAGGCCUCCGCCGUCGCGCCGCAUGACCGGCCUGACUGGUAUCACCAAAGCCUCGACCACGACAUCCGCCGACAGCCGUCCCAAGCGCAUGAGCAGGCACCACCACCGCAACACGUUGCACGAGCAACAGAAGCCGGCCGACCCGGAAAUCGCCAAGACGCCGCAGACAUCGGGAUACCUGUUCGAGGGGUACCACGACGAAUUGGAGGACCUGACGCCGGACGAGCGUGACGUACUGGUGCGCAAGGCGUUCGAGCACGAGGCGCUGCGUAUGACGAAGCCCUGCAUCUGGAUCCCGCGUGACGAGUUCGGCGUGUCGGACGACGAGAUUCGGCACACGGCCGCGCUCAGUGACACGCUGCCCGACGAGGACUGGGGUAUCUGGAUCACCAACCAGUACACGGCUCUGGAUGCGAAGUCGAGGGUUAUCUUCAGGAGGCCGCCGCCUGACUUCAACUCGGCCGAGGAGUUCAUGCAGUUGUAG